CAAAAGAGAAGUGUUCUCAAAGCAUUAUAAGGAAGCAUACAAACAGUGAGACAAUUUUUUCUCAUAUCAUAACAAGUUAUAUCAACAAACUAAGAAACUCAUGGAUACAUCUAACUCGGGCCCCAAAAGUUCGAAAUCACAAUCAGUUCAUAUAAGAACGAACGACAACUCUCCAAAAAUCAUAAAUGAGAGUCCUUUCAAGGCUUACCUUUGGAAACUCAGACGUCUUGCAAUUGUAUGUUCUAUUCCUUCUAAAAUGAGUUUAGAAAUUUGGAAAAAAUCUGAGGUGAAAACCCGAAUUCUGUUUUUAUGCCUCCCUUUAAUCUAUUUAAUCCCAGCGUUUGAUACUUUACGUUUCAUAUGGUUUAUUGUAGCAAGUUAUACUUCAAAGAAUACUGAAUAUAUUUUAGGGAAAUGUUUUAUGCUCAUGAUGAAGAUGUGUCCAGGUAUAUUAACAGUUAUCGUUACCUGGAAACGAUCUCACGUCAACGCUUUAAUCGAUGACAUUCAAAAUUAUAUUCUGAUAAGCCCAAGUAAUAUAUUAAAGAAGAGGUCCAACAAAUGUGGAACAUGUAAUAUUUUGAUGAUUAUAUGUAUUACUUUCAUCCUCUCGUCUACAAACCAAAUUAUUUUACCGACAACUCUGUCUGAUCCGCAAUAUUUUAUGGAAGUGUCAGGAUUUCCAUUAUCACGAGAGAAUAAGUUAUUUACAUUUAUGUUAAUAAUGAAUUUCACGACAGAUUUAUGGAAUGCUAUGUUGUUUAUGCCAUUAGCGGAAUUAAGAGAUGCAUUAACUUCAAUAGUCAUAGAAGAAUUUAAGUGUUUAUCAAAGACGCUUAGAGAGACAAUACCGGAUAUUCAAGAUGCCAAAGGAAAAAUCAUUCAGAGACGCAUAAAUUUCAACGAAAAAUUGGAUGAAAUAAUUAACCAACAUACUAGACUGGGCCUAUUGAUGAAAGGCAUGAACUCGGUAUUUGAGUUUUGUAAUGGCACGAUCGUAUUACUCUUCCUUAUUAUCUGCUGUAUCAUAUCUUAUGAAAUAGCGAAUGAAUUAGUCUACCAGAAAGGCUACGUAAUACAGAUUGCUAUGGGAAUAAUGACUGCACUGUAUUGUUUAUAUCUGAUAUACAUAGGACUGGUGGUUUAUUCGCGUGCUCAUCAGCUGGUGGACCAUAUUUACGCAAUGCCACUGCAUGACUUAUCACACGAAGCUAUAAUAAAGCUCUCGUUUUUCCUCCACCGAUUGACAUCAGAGCAAAUUGGAAUAAGUAUAGGUGGUUGUUUUGUGAUCAAUCCAGCUUCUGUACUCACGCUCAUUGGAAGCAUCAUCACCUAUUCCAUAGUGGCGUAUCAGACAAGGAGUUAGAAGUGGCAGACAUUAUACGAGAAAGUCUAAUUUCUCAAACUGAAACGAAGAAUUAAAUGGAUUUGUAAAUUGAUUAUGUGUAUGUAUGCUUGCAAGCAUUCAAAUAUUAUGUAUGUUACUCUACCUGUAUGUAUUCAUGUGAAUAUGUAUAUAAGUAUUUAUGUAGAUGUGCCUCUCUCUCUAUAUAUAUAUAUAUAUAGAUUGUGUGUGUGAGAAACAGAGACAGACAGACAGACAGACAGACAGACACAGAGGCAGAUAGACAGAGAAGGGUCAAAAACCCAGUUCAUCUAUAUCUGUGAAUUUACUGGAAUUUGUCUCUGGAAUUAAAAACGCAUGGAACUAUCUGACUCUAUACUGAACACUCAAUCUGUAAAGAUAAAUACGUCAAUUUAUGACCCUACAGAGAUUUCUGCCUCCUGAACUCAUAAGGCAAUUGUUAAUUGUGAAAAUAAAUGGUGGAUAUUUAAGCGAUCGUAGACAUUAAAUAAUCGAGUAAUGUAAAUAAAUGCAAUUUGCUGUAUCAAACUCUCCAUUUUCUUGGUAUUUUACUACUACUACUACUACUG